UGACAGUAUUUGAUUAUUGACGGUGAUCAUCUGCUCAAAAAUAAUCACGAAAUUUAAAUUUUCAUUGAUAAAAACAGUAAAUUCAAUAUAAUUUCCUUCAGAGCUUCUGUAAAUAAGUUCGUGUUUAUAGUGUUCUUUGCGUUGCUAUUGUUGUACAAAAUUAACAAAUAUUAUAACCUAAAAGCAAUGUCGCAUAUUAACGAUCUGAUAGGUGUCAUGCGUGGGCUGCGGCUAGUGGUUGAGGCAGGUAUAAAGGUACAGCAGGAAAAUUCAAAGGUAAUAUGGAAUAACUCCAGCAUAAAAACAGUAUUACAAAACUGCACGCCUAACACACUAACUGUUUAUAAACCAAAGCCUGAAGAUGCCAAGGAAUUGCUAGAGCGGGCCUUGGUUGUCGCACAUGGCUUUAGACAAUAUGCCGUCAUGCAUGUUCCUAACUUUAAUGAUGCUGAGAAGGUUACCGAAAUGGAUAAAGAGAUGAAAGAAGAGAUUGAUGAACUAAACAGAGAGUUUAACAAGACAUUUGAAAGUCUGAAGAAGUCACAAGAUAUCAAAGGUGCAGCUCCAAAAGAUGUGAAACCAGUGUCAGAAGAAUAUCUAGCACCAUUGGAGAAGCUACAAAUGACCAGUACUGUGCAGCAAACAGUACCACCACCGCCUCCACCGGUUGAAGUGCAGACUCCGAAGAUAGUAGAAGCAGUUAGCGGUUCAACACCAACUGGUGUGCCGAAGCCAGUUGCUAAAAAGAAGAUAAGAGUUUCUUUGAGUGAAAACUCGAAAGCUCGCGUGGUGCCUUCAUCCCGCAUCGGACGCAUGAUAUCGUUUGGUUCCCUCGCCGCGGGGCUGGGUGUGGGCACGGUGGCCCAGUACGCCAGGAACACUAUCCAGUCUGUGACUGGCAAGGUGGACGAAUCUGCCAACACUUUUAUGUCCCCUGCCAACGCUGAGAGGAUUGUCGACACCCUAUGCAAAGUUAGAGGUGCCGCGCUCAAACUGGGUCAAUUGCUCAGCAUCCAGGACGAAUCGAUGAUAUCCCCCGAACUCCAGCGCAUAUUCGAGCGCGUGCGGCAGUCGGCCGACUUCAUGCCCACGUGGCAGGUGGAGAAAGUGAUGAGCUCGCAGCUGGGACCCGACUGGCGCUCCAGGAUGCAGCACUUUGAGGAGAAGCCGUUCGCAGCCGCUUCUAUUGGUCAAGUGCACUUAGCGAUAUUGCACAACGGUCAAGAAGUGGCUAUGAAGGUGCAGUAUCCAGGAGUGGCCAAAGGCAUCAACAGCGACAUUGACAAUCUUGUCGGAGUUAUGAAGGUGUGGAAUGUAUUCCCAAAAGGCAUGUUCAUAGACAACAUAGUGGAAGUGGCGAAGAAAGAACUAGCGUGGGAGGUCGACUACGUGAGAGAGGCGCAGUGCACCAAGAAGUUCAAGACCCUACUGUCGCCAUACCCGGAGUACUUCGUGCCUGAAGUCAUAGACGACCUCUGCGCGCCCGAAGUGAUGACGACUGAGCUGAUAGAUGGCACGCCGCUCGACAAGCUAUUCGACGCGCCGUACGAGACACGUCUCGACAUCGCCGCCAAGAUCAUGCGGCUGUGUCUCCGCGAGAUGUUUGUGCUGCGAUGCAUGCAGACUGACCCCAACUGGGCCAACUUCUUCUACAACACCAGCACGAAACAGGUGAUCCUCCUAGACUUCGGCGCUACCCGCGAGUACUCCAAGGAGUUCAUGGACCAGUACAUCGAGAUCAUCAAGGCGGCGUCGGAGGGCGACCGCGCCGCCAUCUUGCGGAUGUCCAAGGAGAUGAAGUUCCUCACUGGAUACGAGUCUAAGAUAAUGGAAGAGACCCACGUGGACACUGUCAUGAUUAUGGGCGAAGUGUUCACGAGCGAAGGCGACGGCGAAUUCGACUUCGGCGCCCAAAAGACCACCAGACGCAUCCAGGCUUUGGUCCCCACGAUCCUCACCCAUAGACUAUGCCCGCCGCCAGAAGAAAUAUACUCUUUGCACAGAAAACUGUCAGGUGUCUUCCUACUGUGCUCCAAAAUGAAGAUUAAGAUGAACUGCCGGGACAUGUUCAACGAGAUUUACGACCAAUACAAAAGCAAUGCCUUCAGGUAAUCUAUUACUCAGUUUUAACGGUUACGCAUUUAUGGAAUGUUACGCUAUUUUUAAGGGUCGACGAUUUUGUAGAAUGUUAUUAUGAAUUGUUAUGCCCCUGGCACACUAUCGACGUGAUUUGCGAGCGACGUGACUUAUUUAUCAUUUAAUUACAUUUCACAUGGUGUAUGUAUAACUUUGAUCACCAUCGGGCAUAACAACGAAUUUUCAUCCAAGUAGUGAUAUACAAAGUACUUAGUGUUAAAAUGGCGCUAUUAAACUAUAUGUAAAUAGUACGUUUUAGAACUUACCGUUAAGACUGUCAGUUGCCUUGAACGUGUCUGUUAGGCUACGGUCUCCUGUAAGUAAACGCUACACGUGACGUCAGACGUCAGCGUCAAACGUUCCUAUAAAGACGUCUGUGGCCUAAUUCACGUAUUUUGACAUUCAAGAUCUCGCUGACGUUUAGAAGUCGAUCCAUUAAAAACAGUUCUAAAUCCGUAUUCACAAGGGU